AUGAAAAUUUUAAUGUUGCGAUUAUCACUAGCAACUUUAGUUCUUGUUGCAUCGUAUACAGUUCAAGGUGAUACCAUUAAUAUUCACCCACCACCUGGUGAAUUGAUAACAAUUCGACCAAUUCCUCCAAUCCCUAUUGAUAUAUGUAUUUUCUGUUCACGAUUUCCAGGACUACUUGCAUGCAACCCAUGUAAAUAUGGUCAACCAAUGUUAAGUGUCAAUUGUACAGAAGGACUAAGAUGUCAAACAGCAGGUGGUACAUGUAAAUAUAAUCAAUGCGGUAGGCCUGUUUGUUGUCCACAGGAACAUCGAGGUUGUUGUCCACCGAUCUUAGUCUCACCUAUUAUUUUUCCACCGACUCGUCCAUGUCCUCGAAUUUGUACAACAGAUGCAUCAUGUGUAGCAGUCAAUCAAAAAUGUUGUGGAAGUUGCCCACGAUGCGUCAAUGCUGUAUACACAUAA